AUGGGAACCCUUUUCAUUAAUUUUAGUCACAAAAUCGAAUAUGCACUGACAAAAUAUCCGGCAGUGGAAGAAUCCCUGAAGAGCAUUUCUAUAAAAUGCAACUUGGCGUACGUCAAUGACAUCGGCCUUGAAGAAACAUGUCCGACCGAGCUUCAACGGGCCACCCAGGUAUACAUUAAUGGAGAAGAAUGCGCCGUGGUUAGGCCUGGAUACCAGUGUGUCACAUUCGCAGUUUGCCAACAGCUAAAGCUGCCCUGUUCCGGGUCAGGAUCUAGUGAGUGCUUAUAUGAUGGAUUCCGAUACUUUCGUGCCUGGGUCUACUGUAAAAGUUGUGGUUUCAAGUUAGUCAAACUGAAGUUGCCUCAAUGCUGUUCAUGUAGAAAAUUCCAAGUCUGCGAGAUUCCACAGAAUUAAUUUUCAUCAAAGUUUCAAUAAAUUCUAGCAUACCGUA